AUGAGAAUCAAGACUACUUUGUGGCACUUCGGAAGAUGAUAGAGUUAAUGUAUGAGCAGUAUGGAAGUCCUGUUGUCUUAAUUGCCCAUAGCAUGGGUAACAUGUACACCCUCUACUUCCUCAACCAUCAGACUCAGGACUGGAAAGACAAGUACAUAAAGGAUUACGUGUCACUGGGUGCUCCGUGGGGAGGAGUGGCUAAAACUCUCCGUGUGCUGGCUUCGGGUGACAACAACAGAAUACCUGUUAUUAGUUCACUCAAGAUUAGAGACCAGCAGAGAUCAGCUGUUUCCACAAAUUGGAUGCUCCCCUACAACUACACAUGGCCUCCAGAUAAGGUCUUUGUAAGCACACCUACAGCAAACUACACUCUUCAGGAUUACCAAAAAUUCUACAGGGACAUCAGUUUUGAAGAUGGCUGGUUCAUGAGACAAGACACUGAACCCCUGGUCUACCAGAUGACACCGCCUGGUGUGCGUAUACACUGCUUGUAUGGCACUGGUGUGGAAACACCCGAUUCCUUUCAUUAUGAAAGUUUUCCUGACAAAGAACCCAAGAUUCUUUACAGCGAUGGGGACGGUACGGUAAACUUGCAGAGUGCCUUGCAGUGUCAGAAGUGGGUGGACAAGCAGAAACAGGAAGUGGUGUUAUUUGAGCUUUCAGGAAAUGAGCAUAUUCAAAUGCUGUCCAACGAUACUACUAUCUCCUAUGUGAAAAAGCUGCUUUUUGAUUUGUGAUACCUUGUGUUGACAGUUAUUUUCCUCACCUGUGAUGCCUUCCCUUAAAUAUGGGAAAAUGCCUUUUAAUCCCUUGAUAUUUAGAUAU